AUGAGUGGCAUCCAUCGAUUUCUGACGCGUCGCGAUCGGAAUCACAAGUUAAACAAGCAAAGCAAAGAAGAGGCAUUGAACAUCCUUUCUCGACCUUUGUUCAACGGAAUAUUCAAGACAGAUGCAGUGCCUGAACCUAGUCAGGAUCAUAAAGAGAAGACCAAAGCCCUUACCCACCGACUCAAGAAGACUGGGAUUACUACUCUGGGUGAACAACAUAUUAGCUAUGCAUUGCAGGCCGCACGAGGUGAUGUGGAAAGGGCUUUCGACCUGCUACUUCUGCUAGAGGACUCCAUCGAGGGUGUCAUCCGGACCUACACGCCCGACACCAAACUAGUGGGUGCAGAGAAUCGGCAAGGCGUCACCUGCUAUCUGGACGCGCUGUUAUUUGCUAUGUUUGCUCGUCUUGAUUGCUUUGAGGCCAUUCUUUAUAAAUCAUUCAAUGAUGAGCCUCGUCGAAAGCUUGCAAUCCUUCUGAGGCUAUGGGUGAAUAUGUUGCGGUCAGGGAUCCUCAUCACUACGGACAUGACUAAACACCUGCAAGAUGCCCUCGCGGAUUGUGGUUGGCAAGAUGCAGCCAGACUGCGCCAGCAGGAUACUUCAGAGGCGUUCACCUUCAUCACAGAGAAGUUAGAGCUGCCACUUCUGACCCUGAAGAUGGACAUCUACCAUACCGGAAAGGAAGACGAGAGUGGUGACCACAAAUUUGUUAAUGAGAGGCUCCUAGAGGUUGCCAUACCUCCCGAGCCAGCUGACGGUCAUUCACUCACACUGGAAGAUUGUCUAGAAGCUUACUUCAAUAACAUGAUUGAAGUUAAACGCCAAAUGGGACGACGCAACACUACUAGCUCGGUCAGAUCAGUGGAUGCUGAUUCACUCUCCAUGAAUAAGGGUUCCUGUGCGCAUAUUGAGGAAAUUGUGACCACACCCACAGCCACUGUGUCUCCAGAACCAUUGAAUACGCCGCGUGUUGAGAAUGCCGGCCCGUGGUCAUCAUUCGACGAGUUCGCUGAAUUUCUGGAAACUUCGCGAAGUACUGGUCGGCGUGGUAGUAUCGUUCGCGAACGUUUCUUUCCGGAUCCAAGUGGCGAUGUCAAUAACGACAAACCGCAUACGGAUAAUGACGCCAGUUCAGUCCAAGGUGUCGGUGCAGAUACGCAGUCACGACGGGGAACAUACAAGAAAGAGGUGAUGAUGCCUGCUUGGCAAUUCUUCAGUCUGAUACCCUGGUACACCGAUAAUACACCGACCAACGACGCGCAAGUUGCGGCCCACUUCUCCUCGAAACGGCCGAUCCUUGGGAUGUGUCUGAAACGCUAUUCUUUCUUGCCAGACGGAAAAGCAGUCCGACUUAAUACUCACAUUGACAUACCAACCGAAAUCAGUUUGCCUCACUUCAUCCAAGAUGACAACAUGGAUGCGGAUGCACCGAUCUAUGGCAAUUUCAAACUGUCUUUGCAGGCCUUUGUCUGUCACAGAGGUGAUUCAGUUGACUCGGGCCACUACAUCUCCAUUGUCCGGGGUACCAGCGGCAUGUCUGUCACUGGCCAGGAGCCCUACGAGUCAGCAAGGCAUUGGAUGCGCUUUGAUGACCUUGCAGCGGAACGAGUGACUCUUGUCGACAUUGAAGAUGCCCUGAAAACUGAGUCUCCAUAUCUACUCUUCUACCAAAUCCUCCCAAUUGGUGAAGAUCCAGCAGCACUCAACUUCUCAGAUGCGGCGCCGUCGUCGCGAACGUCAGACGUCAGCACACUGGCCGACCAAACAGAAGCCAUCUUGGAUGACAGUGCCAUUGGUCGACCAAGUGUCGAAGUGACUGGUCCAGAGGACGUUAUUGGGCAACCGUCGGUCAAUCCCCCAAGACGGCCCAGCGUAACGUUCCCGGAUACCAGCAACCCUGUCGGUCUUCAGCCACGCUCUGUCCCAUCCUCAUCACCCAGAAUGCCAUAUCUGGAGGAGCACAGCACAAAGGGAUCGUCUUACUCGCGCCGGGGAUCACGGUCCGCCAGGAGUACUCCCGGGAGUCGUGCUGGCAGCCAAACGGGUGAAAGUAGGAUCAGUGCUACUUUCUCACGCUUUGCCGAAAGGCUAAGCCGGGAUAGGUUCCAGAGUGAUGGGUUUCAUGAAGCAGGUGUGCCCGAUGGAUCUGCAUUGGAGAGUGAGGAUGGUGCGGACGAUCUGAAACUCGGGCCAGCCGCAUUGGAAGUCAGAGAGAAGCGAGGUAGGGAGCGGGUCAAGGAGCGUGGAAGAGCCAAGGACAAGGCGAAGGAGAAGUCGAAGGAAAGGAGCCGUGAAUGCGUUGUCAUGUGA